UAACUUAAUGUUGAUGAGCUGAGCAAAAGAAGACAGAAGUAAGAUUUGGGUAAAUUGUCUCAUAACCGAUCCAAGCUAAUCUGGCUGAAUGUCGAAGGGUCAAAUGUCUGAAUUGGAUCUAAAAGUUGGAUUCGGUACACCGAAUUCUGAAAAUAAUGCUGACAUGGAAACUUCCGGACACAACAGUAAACCAGCGUCCUACGUUAUCCUUUGCAGAGCUGCUACAGCCAGCCUGGUGAUACUCGCUGUCGUGUUACUGAUAGUUGACAUCCACCUGGCGAUCAAAUAUGUCAUGCUUCAUGAUACAAAUCAGCUUCCUAAUGAUGAAGCUAUCGAAAAGGACUUGAUGAAACUGGAGGAAUCUUACCAGCAUGCAGUGGGAAACAUAACAAAUGCAAAGAGACAGCUGUACUACGUAAUGGAAAGACAAAUUCAAACAAACUGGGAGUUUGAACACCAGAACAGAAGAACGCGUGACUAUGAAGUUCAGAUUGAUGAAAUCACAAAGGAUGUUGUGCAUCUAAAAUCGUACUUACCGAUGAUAGAGGGUGGUUGCAGACACUGUCCGCUUGGGUGGAGUUUGAUCAACUCUGUGUGCUAUUACUUCGCCUUGUCUCAAAGCGUUGGACUCAAAUCAUGGCAAGAAGCUAGGGAGUUCUGUCAGCUGUACGGAGGCGACCUCAUCAUCAUCGACAGCAAAGACAAACAGAAUGCCACCAUGAAUUACUUGAGAAGCCAUGCAGGUACCUCAUCAGAUAACUUCUGGAUAGGACUGACAUGGUUUCAACAGGAAAGACUUUGGAGAUGGGCGGAUGGAAGAGACCUGGUUGAAGGGUUCUGGCAAGUCAGAGCAUCAAAUAAUUAUGGUCAUCAACAGUGCGUUGCUUUAUAUAACAGAGAAAACUUCUUCACUGCUUGGAUUAGUAUUGAGUGCGAUUUCCAAAGCAAAUGGAUUUGUGAAAAAGCACCAAGUAAUAACCCGUGAACUAAAACUGAACACAUUUGUACCUUUAAGUUUUACAAAGCUUUACAAACCAUGGAGUACUGGACUGCUGUAAUCAUUGAUGUUUAAUAAAAUGU